UUGGCCUGGCCGAGGUGCAUGUGAGGACCCUCAGAAAAAUUUUCCACAGAAAAUGGUGGCGUGCUUGACUUGUAGUGACGGCCAAGUCAAGAUGUGAGAGAGAACUCCACAUACUAAGAGUGCUCUUAUUUUAUAAAUCGAGAAUUAGAGCAGAGGCAACACUAACACAGUUCUCAUUCUUUGAGCUUAAUUGGUCUCUCUUUCUAUCUCCUUCCUUUUGGUGUUUCAAUUCAUCGUGUCUGUUUCUUCUUUUCAUCUGUGCUUUAUUUUGAAAUUUAUAUAGAUAUGCAGAAAGUGGUAUUGAAGGUAGAAUUAUGUGAUGCCAAAGCCAAGCGAAAAGCUAUGAAGGCGGUCUCUACUAUUCCAGGAAUUGAUUCCCUCGCCAUGGAUAUGGAGAAGAGGCUAAUGACAGUGAUUGGAGAAAUGGAUCCUAUAUGUAUCGUCGGGAAAUUGCGAAAGUCUUGGCCGUGCACUCAGAUUGUUUCUGUUGGGCCAGCGAAAGAGCCUGAGAAGAAGAAGGAAGAAACCAAGAAACCAGAAAAGAAGAAGGAAGAUCCCAUCCCCGAUAUUGUCAAGCUUGGUUAUUAUAAUCCCUAUCCCUCCUACUAUGUUGUUGAGACUGGGACUGUUCCAGAAGAGAACCCCAGCGCUUGUUGUGUUGUCUCUUAAAUUGGGAGGAUUUACAUGAAGCUCCUCCCUACAGUUUGGGGUCAUGGGAAUCAUGGCUUGGCUGAUAGCUGUCUCCUGAUAGCUCUUUGAUCAAGGGUAUGCGAUAUAGACAUAGAAUUAGAUCUGUUUAAAGUUUAGUUGCUCAGAUAUCAUGUUGAAAUAGUAGCUCAAAAAUUUAAAAGAUUAGGGAGUGUAGCUCAACUUACAUAUUAAUAUGAGAUCCAUCAUUUCCAUAGUA